AUGACCCAUCUCCCACUCGCCUCUCGCCUCGCCUCGCUGAUCGGCCUCCCGUCAAAUCCAUCCAAGUAUGACGGCAACGACGACGACUACAUCCCCUACACGGGUACCUUUGAGCCACCCCCUGCGUCCUCAUCGAGGCAUGCGUACGCACACGCUCACACGCUCUCGGGCAGUACCCAAGCCGCUCCUUCGUCCACCUACUCGUUAUCCACCACCCACCCACACCCCUAUAACCCCGCGCACAGCAUGGUCCUCACUUCCCCACAAACCGCCACGUCGAUUGCUACGGCCGUAGAGGAGCAGCUGGACCGAGGUCGAAAACGCAAGUCGAGGCCGAUCAGUACCAACUCGUCGUUUGGUCCCAUGUCUCCUCUCACCGCCACCGACUACCAUACCGCGCCAUUACCAAAGACUCCUGUUGCUCAUCCACUUUAUAAUCCGGCAUCGUUGGGUCGGAAAGGCGGACCGUCAUAUUUGUCACUGGACGGCGGGUUUAUUGGGCAGAGCCCAGUCGCCGCUGUGCCACCUCGAGAGCAGCGGGACCGGGACCGGGACCGGGACAUGCGGGAGGCCGCCAAGAUGGAGAAACACGAAAAGUCGGCCUAUCGUACUAGUUUUGCGAGUUUUAUGACGUUUGGCGG